GGUGAGCGCUCCCGCAGACAGGGGGCGUCAAUAUGGCGUCCUGAGAAAGACAACACAGCCCGACACCGCACCGAUCUUCGGCUGACAUCGGGAGGAGAGAGGGACCGUUUCGCCAAACGCAAGACGUGAUUUCGUCCUGUGCAUCCCUCUGAACGGCCUCGAGCAUCGGGUUUGGAUGUGCAGAUCUCGGCGGAGGAGGACACCUGAUCGAGAAUUUUCCUUUUUCAUCUGUGUUUGAUGCUGCUGCUCAGUGCUCGGUGAUACAAAAGCAGGUGAGACCGAGGCGACCGCUCCUUUUUGGGAUUCGGGUCGGAAAUGUCGAGCGAGAAACCGGUUUUGGCACCGGGUUCCGCCUCGCUCACGGACCGAGAAGCCCCCACACCAGCAGCAGCACCACCUGGUUCGGGGCAGCAAGUCGUAACGGGCUCCGUUACCGGGGACAUGAUGGUGUCUGGAUCGGGCGCCGUGGUUCUACCGGCCGGGGUGAUAAACCCCUCGGUUCCGAUCCGGAAUAUCAAGAUGAAAUUCGCCGUGCUAAUCGGUUUGAUCCAAGUCGGGGAGGUUAGCAACAGAGAUAUCGUGGAGACAGUUUUAAAACUGCUGGUGGGUGGAGAGUUCGACCUGGAGAUGAACUUUAUCAUCCAGGACGCGGAAAGCAUCGCCUGCAUGGUGGAGCUGCUGGAGCACUGUGACGUCACCUGCCAGGCGGAGAUCUGGAGCAUGUUCACAGCUAUUCUGCGGAAGAGCGUUCGCAACCUACAGACCAGCACCGAGGUGGGGCUCAUCCAGCAGGUGCUGCAGAAGAUGAGCUCCGUCGACGACAUGAUUGCAGAUCUCUUAGUGGACAUGCUGGGGGUCUUGGCCAGCUAUAGUAUCACAGUCAAGGAACUGAAGCUGUUGUUCAGCAUGCUGAGGGGCGACGGAGGCGUGUGGCCAAGACACGCCAUUAAGCUCCUAUCUGUUCUGAAUCAGAUGCCUCAGCGGCACGGCCCUGACACCUUCUUCAACUUCCCAGGACGCAGUGCGGCGGCCAUUGCUUUGCCACCCAUUGCUAAGUGGCCUUACCAGAAUGGAUUCACUCUCAACACAUGGUUCCGAAUGGACCCACUCAAUAAUAUCAAUGUAGACAAGGAUAAACCAUACUUAUACUGUUUUCGAACCAGCAAAGGGAUUGGCUACUCAGCACACUUUGUGGGGAACUGUUUAAUUGUGACAUCAUUGAAGUCAAAGGGGAAAGGCUUUCAACACUGUGUGAAGUACGACUUCCAGCCUAGGAAGUGGUACAUGAUCAGCAUAGUCCACAUCUACAACCGUUGGAGGAAUAGCGAGAUCCGUUGCUAUGUCAACGGACAGCUGGUUUCCUACGGCGACAUGGCAUGGCACGUCAACACCAAUGAUAGCACGUUUAAGUUCAAGUCGGAAAGCGACAUCCACCUGGCGGAGCACCAUAAGCAGGUUCUGUAUGAUGGGAAGUUGGCCAGCAGCAUAGGCUUCACCUACAACGCUAAAGCCACCGACGCACAGCUGUGCCUGGAGUCCUCGCCCAGGGAAAACCCCUCCAUAUUUGUGCACUCGCCACAUGCCCUGAUGCUGCAGGAUGUGAAGGCCAUCGUCACUCACUCCAUCCACAGCGCCAUCCACUCUAUUGGAGGAAUCCAAGUUCUCUUCCCGCUCUUCUCACAGCUGGACUACAGGCAACCUAACGACAGCCCUGUGGAGACGACCGUCUGUGCCACUCUCCUAGCUUUUCUAGUGGAGUUGUUGAAGAGUUCAGUAGCCAUGCAAGAGCAGAUGUUGGGCGGAAAAGGCUUCCUGGUUAUUGGCUAUUUACUGGAGAAGUCUUCUCGGGUGCACAUCACCAGGGCAGUUUUGGAGCAGUUUCUGUCAUUUGCCAAGUAUCUAGAUGGGUUGACUCAUGGAGCUCCUUUACUGAAGCAGCUGUGUGAUCACGUUUUGUUUAAUGCUGCCAUCUGGAUCCAUACACCAGCUAAGGUUCAGCUUUCCCUCUACACAUACCUGUCGGCAGAAUUCAUUGGCACCGCCACCAUCUACAGCACCAUCCGUCGAGUGGGCACCGUCCUGCAGCUCAUGCACACCCUCAAGUACUACUACUGGGCCAGCAACCCCCUGGAAAGUAGCGGUAUCACCCCUAAAGGCCUGGAUGGUCCACGGCCCUCUCAGAAGGAGAUUAUAUCCCUGCGGGCGUUCAUGCUUCUUUUCCUCAAACAGCUCAUUCUCAAGGACCGCGGAGUGAAGGAAGAUGAGUUGCAGAGCAUAUUAAACUACCUGCUAACCAUGCAUGAGGAUGAAAACAUCCAUGAUGUGCUGCAGCUCUUGGUCGCGCUCAUGUCUGAGCACCCCGCCUCCAUGAUCCCUGCCUUCGACCAGAGGAAUGGAAUACGAGUCAUCUACAAGCUCCUGGCUUCCAAAAGCGAGAGUAUACGAGUCCAAGCUCUUAAAGUUCUCGGCUACUUCCUGAAACAUCUGGGACACAAGAGGAAGGUGGAGAUCAUGCACACACACAGCCUCUUCACGUUGCUCGGAGAGCGACUAAUGAUGCACACCAGCACUGUGACCAUCACCACCUACAACACACUCUAUGAGAUCUUAACAGAACAGGUUUGCACUCAGGUGGUGCACAAGCCUCACCCAGAACCCGAUUCUACAGUCAAGAUCCAAAACCCAAUGAUUCUGAAGGUUGUGGCUACGCUGCUUAAAAGUUCCUCCCCCAGCACUGAGCUGAUGGAAGUACGACGCCUCUUCCUGUCUGACAUGAUCAAACUCUUCAGCAACAGCAGAGAGAACAGACGGUGUCUGCUGCAGUGUUCAGUGUGGCAGGACUGGAUGUUCUCUCUGGGCUACAUUAACCCAAAGAACCCAGAGGAGCAGAAGAUCACUGAAAUGGUCUACAACAUAUUCCGUAUCCUGCUUUACCAUGCCAUCAAGUAUGAGUGGGGAGGCUGGCGCGUGUGGGUGGACACACUCUCCAUCGCCCACUCCAAGGUGACCUACGAGGCGCACAAAGAGUACUUGGCAAAGAUGUACGAGGAGUACCAACGACAAGAGGAAGAGAACAUCAAGAAAGGAAAGAAAGGUUCCGUCAGCACAAUUUCCGGCCUUUCCGCCCAACCCACCGCUGUCAACGGAAACCUGGAGAUCCGCGAGAUUGAUGACACAUCUCAGACGCAGACACCAGAGAGCGAGGCAGACUAUGGAGAAAAUGCAGACUCUCGGAACCUGCUGGCCGAGACCAAAGGUCCGGAGGGCGAAGCCGAACGGUCGGCGGCGGGGGUUCGUGUGGAAGUUCAUGACUUGCUGGUAGACAUCAAAGCUGAGAAGGUGGAGGCUACAGAGGUCAAAUUAGACGAUCUGGAUCUGUCCCCGGAGGUUCUUGGAGGAGGAGGUGGCAUGGAGAAUGGUCCCUUGGUGGAAGUAGACUCGCUGUUGGACAGCGCCUACUGUGCAGCAGUUCACAAGCUCAAUGGGAGCCUUGUCCCCAAAGAGGAGGAAAGCGUUGUGGUGGGUUUAACUGAAGAAGAUGGGAACAUGGGUCCUCUAAUCACACUCGCAGAUGAAAAGGACAGCGUUCCCAGCAACAAUGGCUUCUUGUUCCCCAAGGUGGAUGAGAAGCUGCUUCCCUCAUUGGCGUCGACGGAGCACCUGGUGCUGCCCAGCCCUGAACAGCCUCCUUGUCCAACAACUCCACACACUUCAAGUGCCAGUGACGACCUCAGCCUGCUAGCCCACAUGACUUCUUGUGGUUCAGAUCUGAUUCAAACCCCAAGUGGCCUAACAGAAGAUGAUGGGUUUAAGUUGCAGAGCUCCUUGGCGGACAUCAGCACACUGGCAGAAGCCGAGGCCCAGGCUGCAGCCAGGACAGCAGAGUGUUUGGAGCAAGAGGUUGGGGAGGCUAGGGCAGGAAAGAGCGGCUGUGAUGCAGCCAGCACCACUUCAGACACAGAGAGAUCCGACGAUGGAAAGGACAAAGAAAUGAAGAAGAUUCAGACUACAGCCACCACGCAGGCUCUUCAUGGUCGUAUGUCGGGUCAGAUGGAGAGGGACCUCUGUGUGGAUCUGGGCUUCCGGGGCAUGCCGAUGACAGAAGAACAGCGGCGGCAGUUUAGCCCUGGCCCUCGCACUACCAUGUUCCGUAUCCCAGAAUUCAAAUGGUCACCCAUGCAUCAGCGCCUUCUCACUGACCUGUUGUUCGCUCUGGAAAGUGACGUACACAUGUGGAGGAGCCACUCUACGAAAUCGGUCAUGGACUUUGUAAACAGUAACGAGAACAUUAUAUUUGUCCACAACACCAUCCACCUCAUUUCUCAGAUGGUUGAUAACAUCAUUAUAGCCUGUGGCGGGAUCCUUCCCCUGCUCUCUGCUGCCACCUCCCCAUCUAGUUCUAAGGUUAGUGCAAACCCUACACAAGGAGCUUCUUGCUUACAGAAAGGGACAAAAAGCAAUGAAGUUAAUAGCCUGCCAGGAAGCUCUGGCACAGGGGCAGAGAUGGAGCUUGAGAAUGUGGAGGCGACCCAGGGCAUGUCGUCAGAAACGGCUGUCACGUUUCUGAGCCGGCUGAUGGCCAUGGUGGAUGUGCUCGUGUUUGCCAGUUCUCUCAAUUUCAGCGAGAUUGAGGCUGAAAAGAACAUGUCGUCAGGGGGACUAAUGCGCCAGUGUCUACGAUUAGUAUGUUGUGUAGCAGUGAGGAACUGUCUGGAAUGCAGGCAGAGGCAGAGAGACAGAGGCAGCAAAAGCUCGCUGCCAAUCAGCAAGACCCAGGAGAACCUACAGACUGCAGCAUCCGCCAGCAAGACCGUCAUACAGAACGUCCCGCGUAACCUUUCUCCCAUCAAAGACCCAGACAGACUGCUGCAGGACGUGGACAUCAAUCGUCUCCGAGCUGUCGUUUUUAGAGACGUGGAUGACAGUAAACAGGCUCAGUUCCUGGCUCUGGCUGUGGUCUACUUCAUCUCUGUCCUUAUGGUGUCCAAAUACCGGGACAUCCUGGAGCCACAACGGGAGAUCGGCAGGUCCAGCAGCCUAUCAGGGAGAAGCAUCCGACAAGAGAUUAAUUCACCCACCAGCACAGAAAACCCAUCUUCCUUCUCGGAUGGUGUACGUGGAGACCGCCAAGCCGCCACCCCUCUGGACGAUCUUCCCCUGGAGGGAUCACUGCCUCACACUGACUCUGGCAUCGGGGAGGAGCAGGUCACCAAUGUUCUCAAUGGUUCCGAGCUGGGCGCAGACUCCAGCGGAUUUGGUGGGAGCUCUGGAGGCCCGGAUGCCAUGAGCGAGUUGCUGUGCACACUGUCGUCGGAGGUGAGGAAGUCCCGUGAGUCCCUGUUGGAGUCGCCUCCUGGCAUGGAGGUUCUGAAACCAGCUGCGUCGAUCUCCAGCAUCAGCCAGGCCAACAAGGGAAUCAAUGUGAAGGAGAUCCUGAAGAGUUUAGUGGCAGCACCGGUGGAGGGGGCAGAGGCAGGGCCUGAGCCCCAGCCGUACCACCCUGACCCUGCCCUGAAGAGGGAAGCUGCUGCCAUGCUGCCCAUGCAGUUCCACUCGUUUGACAGGAGUGUGGUGGUGCCUGUUAAGAAGCCCCCUCCAGGAGGCCUGGCUGUGAACACAGUAGGAACACCCACCACCAGUGGAGUGCCCUCGUCAGGAAGUACGCCCAAUAUCUUUGCUGCUGCCACAGCAACACCUAAAAGCAUGAUCAACACAACAGGUGCCACUGACUCCGCCUCUUCCUCAUCCUCCUCUUCAUCAAGUUUCGUGAACGGUGCCACAAGUAAAAACCUACCAGCGGUGCAAACCGUUGCACCCAUGCCUGAAGACACAGUGGAAAACAUGAGUGCCUUUUGUGAAGUGGACCAGUGUCCACUGCGAACCAGGCUGACGCCUCCUGAACUCAAAUCCUUUAGUUCGCUGACAGGAUUCCAAACAGCCCCCAGAGAUGCAGGACAGUUUCUUAGUAUCACGACUAAAUUGGAGCGCGCCUUAGAGAAAGUGGCCCCCUUGCUGAGGGAGAUCUUUGUGGAUUUCGCCCCCUUCCUUUCGCGGACUCUGCUGGGCAGUCAUGGGCAGGAGUUGCUCAUAGAAGGUACAGGCUUAGUUUGUAUGAAGUCCAGCACAUCGGUUGUGGAGCUUGUGAUGCUCUUGUGCUCGCAGGAGUGGCAGAACUCCAUACAAAAGAACGCAGGACUUGCAUUCAUCGAACUUAUUAAUGAGGGGAGGCUUCUGUGUCACGCCAUGAAGGACCACAUUGUCCGUGUCGCCAAUGAGGCUGAGUUCAUCCUCAACAGGCAGAGAGCAGAAGAUGUGCACAAACAUGCUGAGUUUGAGUCCAACUGUGCCCAGUACGCUGCAGACAGGAGAGAAGAGGAAAAGAUGUGUGAUCACCUCAUCAGUGCCGCCAAGCACAGAGAUCACGUGACCGCAAACCAGCUGAAACAGAAGAUCCUCAAUAUUUUAACCAAUAAGCAUGGAGCAUGGGGAACCAUGUCACAGAGUCAGCUACAUGAUUUCUGGCGUUUGGACUACUGGGAGGAUGAUUUGCGCAGGAGGCGGAGAUUUGUACGCAAUGCCUUUGGCUCCACCCACUCGGACGUGGCUCUCAAAUCUCUAGAGGAAUACGACCCUGAGGAAGAAGAGGGCAUGAAGUCAAAGUCGUCGUUCCGUAGUCAUUCGGUGGUCAAUCAGAACCCUGAGACGGAGCUGAUGCUGGAAGGAGAUGAUGACACCGUCAGUCUGCUGCAGGAGAAAGAGAUCGACAACCUUGCAGGUCCGGUGGUUUUGAGCACACCCGCCCAGCUCGUUGCUCCUGUGAUCGUUGCUAGUGGCACGUUGUCGAUCACCACAACAGAGAUCUAUUUCGAGGUGGAUGAAGAUGAUCCAACAUUCAAAAAGAUUGAUUCAAAGGUGUUGGCAUAUACUGAGGGUCUGCAUGGGAAAUGGAUGUUCAGUGAGAUCAGAGCAGUUUUUUCCAGACGCUACCUGCUCCAAAACACUGGAUUAGAGGUCUUCAUGGCCAACAGGACAUCUGUCAUGUUCAAUUUCCCGGAUCAGGGCACAGUAAAGAAGGUAGUGUACAGUUUACCUCGGGUCGGCGUUGGCACCAGCUAUGGCCUCCCUCAGGCAAGACGGAUCUCUCUGGCAACACCAAGGCAGCUCUUUAAGUCGUCUAAUAUGACUCAGAGAUGGCAGCGGAGGGAGAUUUCAAAUUUUGAGUACCUCAUGUUCCUCAACACGAUUGCAGGGAGGACCUAUAAUGAUUUGAACCAGUAUCCUGUCUUCCCUUGGGUCCUGACUAACUAUGAGUCAGAGGACCUGGAUCUUACCUUGCCUGGGAAUUUCCGGGAUCUCUCAAAGCCAAUCGGAGCCCUGAAUCCAAAGCGAGCCGUGUUCUAUGCCGAACACUAUGAGACGUGGGAAGAUGAUGGAACUCCGCCCCAUCAUUACGCAUCUCUGUACUCAACUGCGGCAUCCACUCUCUUCUGGCUCGUCAGGAUAGAACCCUUCACCACAUUUUUCUUGAAUUGUAAUAACAACAAGUUCGACCACCCCGAUCGGACGUUUUCUGGCAUUGCACGCUCUUGGCGAAGUUGCCAGAGGGAUACAUCAGAUGUUAGGGAGUUGAUCCCGGAGUUCUACUACCUCCCUGAGAUGUUUGUGAACAGCAGCGGAUAUGACCUGGGGGUGAGAGAGGACAGGACAGCCGUGUGUGAUGUGGAACUACCAGUCUGGGCCAAAAAACCAGAGGACUUUGUUCGCAUCAACAGGAUGGCGCUGGAGAGUGAAUUUGUGUCCUGUCAGUUGCACCAGUGGAUCGAUCUCAUCUUCGGCUACAAGCAGAGAGGACCGGAGGCCAUUAGGGCUCUCAAUGUUUUCCAUUACCUGUCUUACGAGGGAUCUGUGAACUUGGACACCAUCACCGACCCCCAGCUCAGAGAGUCUAUGGAGGCUCAGAUUCAGUCAUUUGGACAGGCUCCAUCACAGCUGCUAAUAGAGCCUCACCCUCCACGCAGUUCCGCCAUGCACCUGUGUUUCCUUCCUCAGAGUCCUCUAAUGUUCAAGGACCAAAUGCAGCAAGAUGUAAUCAUGGUGCUAAAAUUCCCCUCCAACUCUCCUGUCACGCACGUGGCGGCCAACACGCUGCCUCACCUCAGCAUUCCCGCUGCGGUCACGGUCACAUGCAGCCGGCUGUUCGCCGUCAACCGCUGGCACAACACAGUCGGUCUCAGAGGUGCUCCGGGAUACUCAUUAGAACAGGCUCAUCACCUUCCUAUUGAAAUGGACUCUCUGAUUGCCAAUAACUCUGGCAUUAGUAAAAGGCAGAUCACAGAUUUGGUGGAUCAAAGCAUUCAGAUCAACACGCACUGCUUUGUGGUGACAGCCGACAACCGCUACAUCCUGGCAUGUGGUUUCUGGGACAAGAGUUUCCGUGUUUACUCCACUGAGACAGGGAAACUCACUCAGAUCGUGUUUGGUCACUGGGAUGUGGUGACCUGUCUUGCGCGAUCUGAGUCCUACAUUGGAGGUGAUUGCUACAUUGUCUCUGGCUCACGAGAUGCAACCCUUCUGCUGUGGUACUGGAGCGGACGACACCACAUCAUCGGAGACAAUCCCAACAACAGUGAUUAUCCAGCACCUCGAGCGGUUCUCACAGGCCAUGACCAUGAGGUGGUGUGUGUGUCAGUGUGUGCUGAACUGGGACUUGUCAUCAGUGGGGCCAAAGAGGGGCCAUGUUUGGUGCACACCAUCACAGGAGAUUUACUGCGGGCCCUAGAGGGCCCUGAGAACUGUGUCUGGCCCCGUCUGAUCUCUGUGUCCAGUGAGGGCCACUGUAUCAUCUACUAUGAGAGAGGACACUUCUGUAACUUCAGCAUUAACGGCAAACUCCUGGCACAGAUGGAGAUCAAUGACUCCACACGUGCCAUUCUGUUGAGCAGCGACGGUCAGAACUUGGUAACAGGAGGUGAUAACGGUGUUGUUGAAGUCUGGCAGGCCUGUGAUUUUAAGCAGCUGUAUAUUUACCCAGGCUGUGACGCAGGCAUCAGGGCUAUGGACUUAUCCCAUGACCAGAGGUGGGCACACCUGACCUAA